AUGGAUUCCUCCAGUGACGAGUUUCUGAAAGCAUUUCGGCGAGCGACAAAUGAACUUAUGCUCUGUCCAAAUCGUGUGUGGGCUGUUGCAGGGGAGGACUUACCGAAAUUAUUACCGCGUCUUGGGGCAAAUGACAAGAACCACGCAGACACACACAAGCAUGAGCUUUGUACAUUCGAUUUUUGUGAAUACUCCAGACGCGACUUCACAGCGAUCCAACAGCGGCAUGAAUGCGACGAGAGGAGGUGCGCACGGAUACGCUACCGAUUCCCCAGAAAACUCCUUGCAAAGGCAGCGAGCAGUGGAAGAUCGACUGUGUGGAAUCUGACUGGAGACGCCUUGCUCGAACCUCCCCGGCCGUAUAUGGCAAUUUCUCACGUCUGGUCAGAUGGAACCGGCACUGGUGCCUGGAAGGACGAGGAGGUAAAUAGGUGCCUUUACCUAUUUUUCCGAGACAUUGCGGAACAGUUUCAAUGCGAGGGGAUCUGGUGGGAUACUCUUUGCAUCCCAAGAGAAAAGGCCGCCCGAACCGAAGCGAUACGGAGAAUCCAGAGCAACUAUCAGAACGCCCGAAUCACGCUGGUACAUGAUUUGUUUCUCCGAAACUGGGAGUGGGAUCCUAAGACCGCAUGCUUUGCUAUCCUCAUGUCGCCUUGGUUCAGUCGAGGCUGGACUGCUCUGGAGUUAGCUAAGUCACCCAAGGUAAAGGUGAUCUUCAAAGGACGUUGCGGCCCUGUCAUAAAAGACCUCGACGAAGAAAUUCUUGCAAGCGAAGGCGAAGAAAAUAACCGGAAAGAUGAAGAUGAAGCUCGUCGAAGAGCUUCUCAGAUUAUCCGGAAUCUCCGGAAGGAAAUCAGUUCACUGAACGAACUUUUGACCGUGUUGGGUCCGCGCUAUAAUCUUGGCCGAAAGAUAUAUCCGUCAUUUCUGCACUAUUGA